ACAUAUCCGCUCUUCUUAUCAAUUCCAUUUCUCAUUUCCCAAAGCAAAAACCAGAGACUCAAAUUACCGCCAUGAGAGCUCUUCUCAAUCCACAACCUUCUUCAAUCUCAAUCCGACUCACCGAUUCCAACACACUCGCCCACUCAAAACAUCCUUCUUCUUUACGCUUCAAUCAACGCCGAUCGCUUGGCCGGAAAAAUCUACGUUUAUCUGUAAAAUCUGCUACUCUGGACUCGGCAAUACUCGAUCAGCUAGGGAUUUCAGAAUCCGAUAUCAAGAACCCGGCAGUUUCGUCUUCUUAUCGGAGCUCUGACUUACCCAAACCUAAUCAAACUCUGUUAGAUGCUCAAGCUAGGGUUUGCACCGGACCAACUCAAACCAGGCCUCUCAAUGAAGAACAGGCCUUAAAAGUUCUUGAUACAAUUUUAAAAUCAGCUAGGGGAGAGCUUAAAGAUGAAGAGGAAGUGUCCAAAGCGCAGCUCGGGGCGUUUUUCGCGGGGAUGACGAUACGUGCGAAUGUGUUUCCGGAAGCAACUCAAUGGAGUGAAGGGGAGAAGAGAGCGAUGGGUAAGUUUUGGCCCUUACUUGUUCGUGUUUUACCGCCUGAUGUGAUCUUCAUUGCGGAUCCUGAAGGGUCGCUUAUGGGAUUUGGUAGCUCGAUUGGGCCUCACUUUGUUGGGAACUCUACUUGUGAAAUGAGAUUGGUUGGUGCUCUUAGAGAGAUUUUGGCUGGGGGUCAUCUUGGUUAUGAGGAGGUUCAAGGUGUUUUGAAGGAGGUUCUUCCUUUAAAUAAUGAUAAUUCCGGAGGAGUUAGUGAGUCUUUGCUUUCGGCUUUUUUAAUUGGUCAACGUAUGAACAGGGAAACUGAUCGUGAAUUGAAAGCUUAUUGCCUUGCAUUUGAUGAUGAGCUUGGUUCUGCUCCAAUUGCUGAUAUUAGAUCGUUGACUCAUUAUGGUGAACCUUAUGAUGGAAAUACACGUUUCUUCAGAAGCACAUUGUUUGUUGCUGCAGUUAGAUCCUGUUAUGGUGAAUCAUCAUUGCUUCAUGGUGUUGAAUGGAUGUCACCGAAGGGGGGCAUAACUGAGGAACAGAUGCUGAAGUUUAUGGGAGCUAAUACGAGUUUGACCCCUUUGCAAGCUAAAGGACUUCUUGAGGAUGAGGAGGUUGGUUUUGCAUACUUAAGUCUGCGAGAAGCCUGCCCAUCUCUAUAUUCGUUAAUUGGGUUGAGAGAGCACAUAAAGAAACGUCCACCACUUGCAACAACUGAAAAGGUUCAGCAAUAUGUGAGGGCUCAGGGGAAGGAAUCAAUUGUUGCUGGCUUUUAUCAUGAAGGUUAUGAGGAGCCUCUUCUAAUGCUCAUGAAAAGAAGAGGUGUUCAUUCUGGUUUGGUGAUCAAGGGUGAGGAAGGGGCCCUCUCAAUGACGACAAGGUUGCGCUCUGCAAAUGCAUCAAAAGGGCUUCCAGUGAACUACUGUUCAGGGUUCCGUUCCUUGAGCAUGGCAUCUGCUUUUGAAGUUGAUGGGGUGUCACGCGAGAGUUUCAGUAUGGAGGUUAAUGCAAAAGACUAUGGUUUUGAACCUACCGAUACACCAAGAACUGAUAGAUCCAUCUCCAAAAAUAUUGAGUUGGGUUUGGCAGCUCUUAAUGGGCAAAGAGGUCCAGCAUAUGAUCGAAUUGUUUUAAAUGCUGGAAUGGUGGAUCACUUGCUCGGUUCUGAUGGUGCGGAAGAUAUCCCUACUGCUCUGGAUAGAGCAAGAGAGGCUAUUGACAGUGGCAAAGCUCUUAAGAAGUUGCUAAAUUACAUCAAAGUUUCUCACAAAGUAAAGUAAAUGAAGCCGAACUGGUGCUUUCGCCCUUUUGUAUCUGAUUUUUGUGAUGUGUAAAGUUUUUGUACUGAAUCUACUGAUCAUAGAUGGAGAAGGAAUACGAUUGCGUUGAGGAUUAUUCACACUUGAAUUUUGUAAAUUAGCGAAUGUUAACCACAUGAUAAAGUUUCCAUUACUUUUUAGUUUUUAGACUUUUUUGUCUCACAUAUUGUAAAAUAAUGUUUUUUGGGUGUAAUUUGCAUUAACCGUUUCAGGCG